CGAAGCAUAAAAUUUCCGAUUAUAUUAUUGAGAACCUACCUACCUUGUGUAAUCUUUAUGCCGGCAAUAAGAUCAAUUAUGCAAGUAUCGUGGCUUUUCAUAAUGUCGUGCGACAGAUGGACAUGGUGGAAAGAAUUGUUCAUAAAGCUAUUUCUGAAAGCAGUGAUGGAAAAAUUACCAAAAAUGAUUUUCUUAACACUGCUUCAAGAGAAACAAGGUUUUCACUGUUCACUCCAUUAGAAGCAGACAUUAUCUUUCAUUUUGCUGGUUUAGGAAAUCCAUCAGGAAGAUUAUCAAGGCACGACUUUGCCCAACUUUUGGAUCCUAAGUGGGAACGACAAACUGAGAUCAAAUCAAUUACUAAGAUACAAACAAAGGAACAUACUGGGAUUGGAUGGGUGUUAUUACACCAAAUUUACACUUUUUUCUUAGGAUCAAUAGCUGGUGCUGUGGGUGCAACGGUUGUGUAUCCUAUCGACCUCGUCAAGACCAGAAUGCAAAAUCAACGGUCUAAGGUGGUAGGAGAAUUGCUAUACAGAAAUACCAUAGAUUGUUUUCGAAAGGUAGUACAUAAUGAAGGUUUACUAGGUCUUUACAGCGGUCUCGGCCCUCAGUUGGUGGGUGUAGCACCGGAAAAGGCUAUAAAGUUGACUGUAAACGAUUUCUUCCGGGCCCGAUUUAAAAACAAAGACACCGGUUCUAUUCCAAUAUUUUAUGAAAUUCUUUCAGGUGGAUUUGCCGGAGGCUGUCAAGUUAUUUUUACCAAUCCAUUAGAAAUUGUAAAAAUUCGUCUUCAAAUUCAGGGAGAAGUUGCAAAAAAUGUAGAUAUACCACGUAAAUCUGCAUUUAAUAUUAUAAAAGAUCUUGGCCUCUUUGGUCUUUAUAGGGGCGCCAGUGCAUGCUUACUUCGCGACAUCCCAUUUUCUGGAAUAUAUUUCACAACAUACGCCCACAUAAAAAAGGACAUAUUUGGCGAAGGACCGAACAAAAAAUGUGGUAUAGUUGAACUCUUGAUUGCUGGUGCUGCGGCAGGCAUGCCAGCAGCGUACUUAACAACUCCGGCAGACGUAAUCAAAACUCGUCUACAAGUUGAAGUUCGUAAAGGUCAAACAAGUUAUAAUGGUAUAUUUGAUGCUUAUAGAAAAAUUCUUCGUGAGGAGGGUCUUAAAGCAUUUUUCAAAGGUGGCCCAGCACGUGUAUUUAGAUCCUCUCCACAAUUUGGCACAACAUUAAUGGUUUAUGAACUAUUGCAAAGGUGGCUUCCAUGGUCAAGCUCCGAAGAACAAGUGGGAAAAGUUGUUUCAGCUGUUACGGAUACUGGUGACCUUGGAUAUUUGAAAAGUAGAAAUGCAUUAAAGAUUUUAUUGGACUUGGAUUAUAAAUUUGGAGUAGUGCCAAAAAAUAGUUCUACAUCAAUUUAA